UUAUUUAUUUUCAAGCAGAAAACUUCAGAUUUUUUUUUAACUACCAGCAAUUAUUUAGAACUCCCCACCAUUUACCCAAUUUCUGUUGAGUUUUAUAUAUCUCUUCAUUUUACACUAAGCUUCAUCAUUUCCUUCAGGAUUUCAAUAUUCACUUAGAAAUCGAAUUGAUCUAGAAAUGGCUUCCAAUGGAGAAAACAAUGCUUCUGCAAAACCUCCUCCAGAACCAUCGCCGUUGCGCAAAGCAAAAUUUUUCCAGGCUAACAUGAGAAUUUUGGUGACGGGUGGUGCUGGAUUUAUUGGCUCUCACCUCGUUGACAGACUGAUGCAAAAUGAGAAGAAUGAGGUGAUUGUUGUGGAUAACUACUUCACUGGAUCAAAGGAUAACCUAAAGCAAUGGUUUGGCCAUCCAAGAUUUGAGUUAAUCCGUCAUGAUGUUACUGAGCCGUUAUUGAUUGAAGUUGACCAAAUUUAUCAUCUUGCUUGCCCUGCUUCCCCAAUCUUUUACAAGUACAAUCCUGUUAAGACAAUUAAGACAAAUGUCAUUGGCACUUUGAAUAUGUUGGGACUUGCCAAGAGAGUUGGGGCAAGGAUUUUACUGACAUCAACCUCCGAGGUUUAUGGAGACCCACUUAUUCACCCUCAAGAUGAGAGCUACUGGGGAAAUGUUAACCCAAUUGGAGUUAGGAGUUGUUACGAUGAGGGGAAAAGAGUGGCUGAGACUUUGAUGUUUGAUUAUCACAGGCAGCAUGGAAUCGAAAUACGAAUUGCUAGAAUCUUCAACACGUACGGUCCACGAAUGAACAUAGACGAUGGCCGUGUUGUCAGCAAUUUCAUUGCCCAGGCAAUUCGUGAUGAACCCUUGACUGUUCAGCUACCAGGAACACAAACUCGCAGCUUUUGUUAUGUUUCCGACAUGGUUGAUGGUCUUAUUCGUCUGAUGGAGGGAGAUAAUACUGGACCAAUUAACAUCGGGAAUCCAGGUGAAUUCACAAUGCUUGAACUUGCUGAGAAUGUGAAAGAGCUCAUCAAUCCAGAUGUGCAGAUUAUUACAGUGGAAAAUACACCAGAUGAUCCUCGCCAGAGAAAGCCGGACAUCACAAAGGCAAAAUCACUACUCGGAUGGGAACCAACGAUCAAAUUGAGCGAUGGUAUUCCCCUUAUGGAGGACGAUUUCCGUAGCAGGCUCGGUAUCUCCAGAAAGAAAUGAGCUAUUAUUGGUUUUGAGUGAUGGACACACUUGAGAGGCUUUUUAUGUUUUCAUUUUUACUCAGUUUUUCCACUCACUUAUCUUAUUGCAUUUGCAGCAUGACUAUUGUGCUACAUAUAAAUGCAUUUUGAUGUCAAUUUUAAUAUAUGAUUAUCGAAUAUCUUUUCAUAUA